CCGGCGUACUUGAGGGCAGAGCCGCACCCGCCGGCGCCCGCACACCCCGCCAGCAGCCGUCCGUUGCCGCGCGCCGACUGUGGAAAAUGGCAGACAGUUUUUCGCUUAAUGAUGCCUUAUCUGGGUCUGGAAAGCCAAACCCUCAAGGAUGGCCUGGCUCAUGGGGGAACCCACCUCCUGGGGCAGGGGGCUACCCAGGUGCCUCCUAUCCUGGGGCCUACCCUGGGCAGGCACCCCCAGGGGCUUAUCCUGGGCAGGCACCCCCAGGGGCUUAUCCUGGGCAGGGGCCUCCUGGUGCCUACCCUGGCCCUACAGCACCUGGAGCUUAUCCUGGACCACCUGCACCUGGAGGCUACCCGGGGCAACCAGGAGGGCCUGGGGCCUACCCACCUCCUGCACAGCCCAGUGCUCCAGGAGCCUACCCUGCUGCUGGCCCCUAUGGCAGCCCUGCUGGACCACUGACUGUGCCUUAUGACCUACAUUUGCCUGGAGGAGUCAUGCCUCGCAUGCUGAUAACAAUUCUGGGCACAGUGAAGCCCAAUGCAAACAGAAUUGCCUUAGAUUUCAAGAGAGGAAAUGAUGUUGCCUUCCACUUCAACCCACGCUUCAAUGAGGACAACAGGAGAGUCAUUGUUUGCAAUACAAAGGUGGAUAAUACCUGGGGAAAGGAAGAAAGGCAGAUGGUUUUCCCAUUUGAAAGUGGUAAACCAUUUAAAAUACAAAUACUGGUUGAACCUGACCACUUCAAGGUUGCAGUCAAUGAUGCUCACUUGUUGCAGUACAAUCAUCGGAUGAAACAUCUCCAGGAGAUCAAACAACUGGGCAUCUCUGGUGACAUAAACCUCACCAGUGCCUCACACGCUAUGAUAUAAUCUGAAAUGGGCAGCAACGUUUUUUAAAAAAUAAAAUUGAACCUAAACCUUAUACACGUAAAAGCUUCAUGUUCACUGAGAGAAAAAUUUUACAUUUAUUCAUCAAUAUCCUUGUAAGUCAUCCAUUUAAUAAAUAUUCUUAAGCUAAGAGUUACCUGUC